AUGGCGAACGAGGGCGAACGGUCAACCUCCUCUGCCGACAAGGGUAAGGGCAAGGUUGAAGACGUUCGCGAGCUGAACGGCAAAAAGCCCCAGAAUGAUGAGAAGGCCCCAGCUGAGGGCAAAAAGAAGGAUGAUGAACCAGCAGAAGGUAAAUCGCAGCGGCACCUUGGAGAGGAGCUCAGUGAGGAGGACCAACAAUUAAAGAAUGAGCUUGAAAUGCUUGUGGAGCGAUUAAAGGAGCCCGAUACCUCUCUCUACGGUCCCGCUUUGGAUGCCAUUAAGAACUUCAUCAAGACCUCGACCUCAUCGAUGACUGCUGUGCCCAAACCUCUCAAAUUCCUCCGGCCACAUUACGAUGAGCUUACUGAGCUCUAUGAGCAGUGGACCGCUGGUCCUGUCAAGGAUUCCCUCGCCGAUACACUCAGUGUUCUGGGUAUGACCUAUGGAGAUGAGGAGAAGCUCGAAACCCUCAAAUACCGCCUACUGGCCAAGUCAGAGGACCUUGGCUCCUGGGGCCACGAAUACAUCAGGCACCUGGCGCUUGAGAUCGGACAAGAGUAUCAAACUCGACUGAACGCGGAGAAGGAAACACAGGAUCUCGUGGAUUUAGCCCUUUCAUUGGUGCCCUACUUCCUGAGUCAUAAUGCCGAGGCCGAUGCAGUUGACCUGUUGAGUGAGAUGGAGAUCAUCGAGGAAAUUCCCCGCUUUGUCGACGAGAACACAUAUCCUCGAGUCUGCUUGUACAUGGUUAGCAUGGUCAACUUGUUGACAUAUCCUGAAGAUCAGCAGUUCUUGAAGACAGCUCACGAGAUCUAUGUUCGCUACAACAAGCUCUCCCAAGCAAUUGUCCUUGCUAUCCGGUUGAACGAUAUUGAUCUAAUCAAGAGCGACAUCAAUGCCACAACCGACAAGUCCCUCAAGAAGCAGAUGGCCUUCCUGGUUGCGAGACAGCAGAUUUGGCUUGACUUGUCGGAGGAGGAUGCGGAAGACGAAGCUCUAGCUGAGGCUCUCAACAAUGCCAGCAUUCCCAAACAUUUCAAGUCCCUUGGCAAAGAGCUCAAUAUCUUGGAUCCCAAGAUGCCAGAAGACAUCUACAAGACUCACCUCGAGAGCAGCCGUGGAGCAGGCCUCACAAAUCUCGACUCAGCGCGACACAACCUGGCCAGUGCUUUUGUAAAUGCGUUUGUGAACGCCGGCUUUGGUAACGAUAAGAUGAUGCUUGUUGAGGGCGAGAAUGGCCCAUGGGUAUGGAAGACAAGGGACGACGGCCAGCUCUCUACCACCGCUUCGCUGGGUAUGCUGCUUCACCGAGACGUUGAGGAUGGAUUGGACAAGAUCGACAAAUUCACCUACGUCAAGGAGGACCAGGUAAAGGCGGGUGCUCUGCUUGCCACCGGUAUCCUGAACUCCGGUGUUCGGUUCGAAUCUGACCCUGCUCUUGCACUUCUGAGUGACUCCGAUAAUCUCGAGGCGAAGAAUGUGCCGAUGCGCGUGGCAUCCAUCAUGGGUCUCGGUUUGGCAUACGCUGGCUCUAACAAGGAAGAGCUUCUCGAACUUUUACUUCCCAUUGUGGAGGACUCGUCACUAGACAUGCAGCUGUCCGCCAUGGCCGCCGUGUCCUUGGGUCUUAUCUUCGUUGGCUCAUCGAAUCAUCAAGUGAGUGAGGCAAUCGCCACCACGCUCAUGGACGAGGAACGUCAGAAGCAGCUUAAGGAUAAGUGGACUCGCUUCAUGGCUCUCGGCCUGGCUUUACUCUACUUCGGCCGUCAAGAGGAGGUGGAUGUGAUCCUUGAUAUCCUGAAGGCGGUUGACCACCCCAUGGCUAAACCUACGUCUGUUCUUGCCUCUGUAUGUGCUUGGGCCGGUACAGGAACCGUGCUUAAGCUGCAGGAGCUACUUCACAUCUGCAAUGACAUUAUUGAGGAGAAGGAGGAGAACAAGGGCGAUGAGCUUGUCCAGUCGUAUGCUGUUUUGGGUCUGUCACUUAUUGCUAUGGGUGAGGAUGUUGGCCAGGACAUGAUCCUCCGCCAAUUUGGUCACCUUAUGCACUACGGCUCCAGCAACAUCCGCCGAGCUGUGCCACUUGCCAUGGGUCUCAUCAGUCCCAGCAACCCGCAGAUGAAAAUCUACGACACUCUGUCUCGUUACUCCCACGAUACCGAUAACGAAGUCGCUAUCAACGCCAUCUUUGCGAUGGGUCUUUGCGGUGCAGGCACCAACAACGCACGUCUGGCCCAGCUUUUGCGGCAACUCGCCAGCUACUACCACCGUGAUCAGAACUCUCUGUUCAUGGUGCGUAUUGCUCAAGGUCUCCUUCACAUGGGCAAGGGUACCAUGACACUCAACCCAUUCCACACCGACCGACAAGUGUUGUCACGAGUCUCGGCGGCAGGCCUGCUUACUGUCUUGGUGUCUUUGAUUGACGCCAAGCAAUUCAUUCUCGCCGAACACCACUACCUCCUUUACUUCCUCAUUACUGCUAUGUUCCCUCGAUUUUUGGUCACUCUUGAUGAGGACCUGCAACCCCUUUCCGUCAACGUUCGGGUCGGUCAGGCCGUGGAUGUUGUUGGACAGGCUGGUCGUCCAAAGACCAUUACCGGAUGGCAAACACAGAGCACACCUGUGUUGUUGUCCUACGGUGAGCGGGCUGAGCUGGAGGAUGAACAAUACAUCCCUCUCAGCAGCACAUUGGAAGGCUUGGUCAUUCUGCGCAAGAACCCGGACUGGGAGAGCCCGGAGUAA